AGUACGGUACAGUCAUAGCCGGCGAGUUGAGCCGUGGUCUUACUGAAGAUACAUCAAAACAUUACUAAACCACAGUUAUUCGGACUUACUCAACAAAAUGGACAACCGAAGUUUAAUCCUGAACAAUAGCGUUGUCAACCAAGACUCGCUUAUGUCGGCGCUGAACAAAUUUGUGCAUGCUGUAGAUUCGAUGGACGAUACAGUUAUGAUUCCAAAUCGACUAAAAGAUAUGGAAGUUACUGCCUCAAAUAUACCUGUGGUAGCCGAGGAGAACAACAACAAGGCACUAUUACCAACUGUGAAACAAGGCACAGACUUGUAUAGUUUUUAUUCUCUACUCAAAACAGUUAAAACGGACUUGACAGUGGGAACACAUGGAGUGCAUUCAGCUGUGUUCAGCGACCCAGAAGAGGCCAUCGAGGGGGAAAUCGAAAAUAAUCAUGCAGAUGAAUCGGCAAAAAAAACUGCUGCAGCUUUCCGACAUCAUUUGUCAGGUAUCUUUAGAUUAUUACAUCAAAUGACAGACACUGCCAACUAUCUAACAAAUCGGUAUGAAUCUGAAGUGGGUGGAAAAUCAGCACAAAACCCCUCCUUUGCACCCUUUGCAAUAUGACCGUGAAGACAACACCCCAAAAAAUCCUUGACGACCCGGAGAAUGUGUGAAAAAAUUCCUCGGAAUGUAUUAUACUGACAGUUAUUUAUCAGAGCGUAUCACUAUGGUAGUAAACUUUAUAAAGAAACCAGUGAUUUUCGCGACUCUUUGAAUUCCCACCGGAACAUGGUGAACUGUAGAUUCUAGAUAAUACAUUGUCAGCAUCUCCUCGCCUCGGGCCUUUUGGAACUGGUAAAAUGUCAAUGUGGCUCAAUGUGAUGUGAUCAUGUUCUCUCGUGUCUUCGUUCAGAAGCGAUGGACGACUUUUUAUAUUUUUCUUUAAAUUGACAAUGUUCACAGGUUUGCUCAAAAAUAAGCCAUGCUAAUAUAUUUCUCCUAUUUCCUGUGCUAUUAACCGUGCCACCUCGAUCUCUGUUUUGCAAUAUGUAAUGUUAUUUUUUUUAUGGUGCCAUAUAAUGGUAAGCGAACGUAUAAAGAAGAAUCUGUAGGGAUAAUUACCAGAAUCAUUUAACCAUGACGGAUCAUCGAAUCGGCUGUAGCUAGGACUUGUUUACUGUUUACAAGGAGCUUGUUGCCAAAAUAAGACUUGUAUAUGAUUUGAAAUGAAUGUGGAGUGAGUGAGCAUGUUUGUUAUACGGAUAUUUAAUACGAGCGUGAAUGUUUAUUUAUAUGUUAAUGAGGGUUUCGAAGACUGAAUUAGCAAACUUCAUGAUUCACAUACCGAUUUAUGGUAAUUUCAUAUAAAAUUAAAUAUAAAUUUUAUAUCGUUGCCAUUUUCUUAAUUAUUAGAAAGUAGAAAUCAAAUUUCUAGGAGUUAAUUGGGGAAGCUUUGCUUCUGUAUUUGAGCGUGAGGAAACAUAAAAUUCGCAACAUGUGAUUGAGAUAUUUAUAUUUACACUGUAUAAUGACGUAAAACUGACCCAAAUUGGCCAAAAUGCCCUGUUUCCAACAUAUAACCUUUUCCAUAAUAGUUUUGUCUUUGAGCAGCUGCGUGAUACGAUGUAGGUAUAAUUUAUUUACUUAUAAAAUUGAGUUGUGUUCAUAUUUUACGUGAUGAUGUGAUAAGGGUACAUGUUUUAUUAAAAAGAAUAAAUGUUUGAGAGCGACUUUAUAUGUUAGUAUACACAUUUAGUUAGUUCUCAACUUCGCCUUAUAAAUGAAAAUAUUUAUGUCUACAUUAAAAUAUUAAAACUAA